AUGAGCGACGACACUAGCCGCAUAGAAGCAGCCUCUCCACCUCCAUAUUCGCUCCAGCUGCCUGUGGAAAAAGUACAGAGGAUAGCCAAGAAUGACCCAGAAUACAUGGACACUUCGGAUGACGCAUUCAUAGCCACAGCGCUGGCUACUGAGUCAUUCAUCCAGGUGCUGGCGCUUGAAUCACUACAACACCAGGUGCCACGCCAGGUACCGCACCCCUCCGACGAGAUCACACUAUCGUAUGAUGACAUCUCCGGCACGAUAGUGCGAUCUGCCGACGGUCAUCUGCAGUUCUUGAACGAUGUUAUACCGAUGACAAAGAAUCUCAGACUCCUGGUGGAGGAAAACAGAGUUCGGUACACUACGAGUGUGAUGCCUCCCAACGAAGUUUACUCUGGUUGUGUAAUGAACGAGACGGCCUCGAAGCCCGAUAUUGUUGAGAUCGAUCUUGAUAAUGACGAAGACGAGGACGUAACGGACCAGGAGUAA